CUCAGAUUCUCGGAGGUUGUUGGUGUAAAUGUGGCAGACCCGCAGGGGAAAAGUACACUUUCUUUGAACCGACCAAUUCUUGCAUGAAGGUCAGCUUGGCUCGUCAGAGAUCAGGUAACUUAGUUUCAUUUGGUGCGCUUACUUAUAUAAUUACAUUACCUUUUAAUUAAUGUCUUCUCAUUAAUUUAAGUUACAAAGUUUGCAAAAUAUUAACUAUCCGAUUGUCCCAGGUGACAAACAAAUGUCUAAAGGAGGAUCGAUUUAGCUAGUAUUCAAUUUGGUUUUUCUAACCAGAACGUAUGUUUCGCAGAUUCAAUUUCUGGAAUCGUGAAAUCCGUCACUUAAUACAAAGGCAAGGAUAUAUAUUUCCUUUAAAGUUAACUUGCUCGCUGUAUUGUAGAAAAUGAUUGUAUGGGAAUGGAUUUUAUUGAUGGUAGAGCUAUUAUGUCAAAAUCUGGCCCUUGGUCUGUUGCUAUUGGUCUGCCAAGCAUGCAGCAGUCAAGUGAAAUUUACAAUAUGUAGAUCAAAUUUAGGUUAGUUUCUAUCAAACGCAUGACAAUCUUCAGUCACCGAGUAGUGUUAUUGAAAUUCUCUAGGGAGCUUCUUUACCAUUUUGUCCGCUAAUUUGCUUAAAUUACACCACAACAUUCUUUAGAAAAUCCAUUGAUUGUUGUCACCUGUAUAAAUUGUACAAACGAAAAAGUAAAUUAAAAUCCUUUUUUGAUUACUUAUUUGAAAGGCAAUUUUUCAUCCGGAAAAACGUAUUAUAGCAAUAUCUCAAUUUUUCUUGAAAUGAUCAAGGAAUUUGAAGAGCGACAAUCUUUUUGCUUCCUAUGUCAUGGUUAGACCCUUUCACUAUCCAAGGAAUUUGUUCUUAUACAGCUGUACACCAAGGAGAACAGCUGUAUCCUAACUCUUUUCUCUCUGAUCUAAAAUAUCUCAAUAUCUGACACUUUUAAAAUAUACAUACUUUAAAAAUUAAACCAGUUGAUUACCUCGAUUGCUUUAAAAAUUAUAGUACACUUUUUUUUUAUUUCAGUUUUUACAAAUCGUUAUGACGAAGGAAGUUGCAUCGGCAAGUUUUAGUACUUUACUAGGUUCGCGAUUUUUAGGUCAAUUAAUUUAAUUAUUUUAUUCUAAUUAAGAUAUUGAAGUAUUGAUGCUGUACAGAAGCUACUCGUUGUAAGCCCUGUGCGGUGUACGAGAUUUUUCCUUUUAAAAGCAAGUUUGCAUCUUUGUGCGCAAUCUUCGUUCCUCGUGUAUUUUAGUUUGUGCCAAAUGAAAGGGUUUAAAACGAAACAACACAAUAAUACGUUAAUACGUUCAGGCUCUUCAACAACAUAAUACAAGUGCCCGCCUAUAAUAACGGGGGCUAAAAUGCUUAUGUCAUUAACUUGUGCACAGAAUUUUGUUUCAAUCUCAGUGAAUAAAAAAGUAUGGCGUUCAUCAUGUUUAUGAUUAUGAGUAUCAUUAUUCAUUAUCAUUUAUUUGUUUUUCUACCAAAUCACUCUUUCAAUUUGUAAUUGAGCUCGUUAUUUAACAUAUCAUACUGACUGGAUUCAUUAUGUUCAUGUAUUAUACACACGCGUACCAACUCUUAACGAAUAUUUUGAUGACAGGUAAUCGGCGAAUACUCAGUCAACAUCUCAAUAUCAGAGUAAAUUCUUAUUUUACCCUUUUAUCCAUAAAUCAGCGAGCACUAAAAUGGAGUCUUUCAAUUUGUGAUUUCACUAGUCAUUUAAUAUACCCUACUGAUUAGAUUUAUUUUUUGAAAUUUAUUAUUAAAUUAUUUAUUACACACAGGUACCAACUCUUAACGAAUAUUCUGAUGAAAGGCCAUCAGUGUAUACUUUAAGGUCAUCAUUUUAAUAUCAGGGAAAGUUCUUAUUUUAAACUUUUAUUUAUAAAUCAGCAAACACCAACAUUUUAUGGAUUCUUUGGUUGUUUACCGUUGGCCAAAAUAUCAAAUUUGCUUGGAACGGAAAAUUUAAUAGAAGCAGAGGUUUCCGUGGGAAGGCAGUGGAGUUGGAAGACUCCUUUUUCCUCAAUCUAUGGAUGGUGAAGCAAGCUCGUGAAAUAGCUAAUUAAGAGCGCUGACUCACUGAAAACAACCGCAAUUGCUUAGAUGUAGCUGAAGCGGUGAAGAAGUAAAUGCUGCAUGGCGAUCAAUUCUAGUGAAGAGUCACUUUACUGUUAUGUUUUCCCUUUUGUAUGCCGAAUCAGAAGUUUAUUGCAAAGCGUUCAACACCAUGCUUUCGGACUUUCUUCCGUCAUAUUUCGUCUUAAGGUUUUUUAUAUCUUAGUAACACUUGUUCUCUGGUCUAAGUAAAAGCAAUAGGACAUAGAAUUCCGGCACUAAAUUAUUUCGUUUCCCCGACAAUCUAUAUUUGGCGUAUUCACCCAAUCUUCGGACGUGCAAGGAAAUCGGCUCUGGGGAAAGGCGUGAUGAGCAGUCCGACUAUGGACCAUGUUAGUAAAUUAUGGGGCAAAGUUGAGACUUGUGUGAAAAUCACACACACAUUUUUUUAGCAUCUAAAUGCCUUUUUAGUACAUUGGAGAGGGGGGGGGGGGGAGGGAUUUUUACUGCCCAACAGUCAGCUGGUAAUCGUAGCAAACGAGGUCAAUUUAAUAUGCAGCAAACCUUUCUUCCUCUAAAAGAGGAAGGGUUUUAUCCAAACACUGGUCAACUCCAGCCUCGUUUCCACUUGUAACUGUAAAAUGGACUUGUCUAUUGCUAAGAGUCUUAUGCACAAUUGAUGAGUAUGCAUUCGUCUAUCGCCUCCUCUUCCGUGAAUUUGUUGUUAUUGUUAUUAUUAUUAUUAUUAUUAUUAUUAUUAUUAUUAUUAUUAUUAUCAUUAUUAUUAUUAUUAUUGCGGGCGACAAGAGGAGCCCGCAAUCCUAAUCUCCAGGUUGUUUUUACGCACGCGUCGCAUGCCAGUAUGUAUAGCCAGCAUUCGUUUGGACAUCCACUAAGAAUGAAUGGAAUGAACAGAACGCAGUUUGAUCACGCACGUUUGGACCUUCUAUCGCUCCUGACUUGAUCACGCGUGUUUUGACUUUCUCUCACGUGAAGCUUACGCAAAGCACAGCGUUGGAGCAAAAGCGUUUUGACCUUCGAUCGUUGUCCCCCACACUCCAUAACCUUUGGUUAUUACUAGUAAUUAAUGUUGUUGUUGUUGUUUCGAGUGUUAUACUAAUACAUGAGAAAUUUCUGCAAUUUGAUUGGCUUAGAGCAGUGGUAUUUCAGCUUAAUUUGAAAUACCUGCAUGUAAAAAUCACAAAUUGGUAGUAUUAUAAACAAAUAUUAGCGUGAUUUGUAAGUGAUAUUUGACAUAAAUGUUACUCGUGAUAUUUCAAAAUUGUCUCAAAUUUCUCUCGCUUAACAGCUCGUGAAAUUACGUACAACAAUUAUGAAAUAUUACUCGUGUUAUUUAUGCCAAAUAUCACUACAAAUCAUGCUAUUACCUAUACUAAUCAUGGGUACAAACUUUUGUAAUUUUGAUUUUCUAAAGUCUGAGUAAGUAUUGGAGAGGCUAUCGCGCAUUCAUGAAUCGAUUGGGAAAUAUGCCUACUUAAUGUUUUUUUUUUUUUUAUGGAAAUAACAUCGUCGUUCUUCUUCAUUUUAGGAUGUGAUUUACUUUUCACGGGCAAGACAGCUGAGAGCGCAUUAAUUUUUAUUCCCUCAACGGGUGUUACUAAGAAAACCAUCAACGUCCCUGACAAGAAAACAUGCAGCUUUUACUUUGGGGAGAACCUCUACGCACAUUACAUUGGUUGCGACGGAGCCUGGAAGGAGAUAUCAUCAAACAGUGUAAAUGAGAGUUUGGAGGUCACCCCUGGUUGGAACACAAGUCAGCUGCAACUCGCGGUGGGUAUUAAGGGUACUGAAUCACACUUAAUGCGAACACGCUUUGUGACAGCCUAUGCCCAAGGCGUUCUCUCUUGCCCAGCCGGUUACCUGCGCAAAGUCUGGUGAAGGCGUGUCUCUCUAGUUCGGUGCCCUCACAACUCGCGGUAGAGUCCAAGUUUGACCUUGCCGAAAACGCCUAGGGACAAGAUUUAUUUUUGGAAUGGAAAUAGAUAAUAAACUGAAUUUUUCUAAACAUAUAUGAAAUGUAUAUAAAAAGAUCGGUUAAUAAUCAAUUUAAUGUUAUGUUGCGCUUUCGAAUACUCAUACGCAGGAAAAUCUUAUUCAGACGUUACAAAGCGUAUAUUUUAUCUCAUUUUUAUUAUUGCUCCUCUGUCUGCAGGUACUUUUGUGGAGCGCACGAUGCGGAUAAGCUUGAAGCUUUAAAUAAAAGAAUACUCAGAUUUAUACUUGGAGAUUACUCGUCUCCAUACGACAUUCUUCUCUCAAAAGUCAACUCUACUUAGUUGUGUAACAAACGCGUUCAAAAUUUCCUCAUACUGUUAUACAAGAGUUUGUCUUUCACUCAUUUUCCUGCUUAUAUGAAGAAUAUGUUUUCACUGCGGUCCUCGGUCCUCUUCCUAUGAUCUUCGUGGCAACUACAUUCUUUCACUAAGUAAACCUAAAACAACUAUCUAUGGUCCGGUCUUAACUCCUUUUCUUACUUUUCAGCUAAGCAGUGGAAUACACUGCCGGACUUUUCUCGUACCAGUUUUUUUGCAGAUUUAAGACCAAAAUACAGGAUGUUACCUUCAUGUAGAUUAUUUUUGCCUGACAUACUUAAACUUAAAAUUGUGAAUUGUAACUAAUAUUUUCUUUUCUCUUCUUUUUUUUAAUGCGCUUAUUAUCAUUAAUAUUAUUUUAUUAUUAAUACUUAUAAUGCAUUUAAUGUAUACAUAUAUAUAUAUAUAUAUAUAUAUAUAUAUAUAUAUAUAUAUAUAUUUCUAUACUAUUUUCACGUAGUGUCAGCUCGAAGAUAUUAGCUACUCUAAAAUUCGAGUGUAAAAUAGAGGAUAUUACAUGGCCGCGCGGAGAUACGAAAUUUUUCUUCGAGUGUUGAAAAAUAUUUCACGAGUGAGCGCAGCGAACGAGUGAAAUAUUUUUCAACACCAAUGAAAUAUUAGACUGCAAAACAGUCGGUUUUUUUCUCAAAAUCAGUAAAGAAAUCGGUAAAGCGUGGCGUAAGAGUCUUACGCGCGCGAAGCGCGCGAGCCUCACACGCCCGUAGGGCCUGUGAGGCGAGAGAAAAAAAACCGUUAGUUAGUAUUUUUAGCGUCUCUCCCCAGUCUCGCUCCAUGUUUUCAGCCUCGUUUGACUGCUCGCGCGUACUUGAAUACGCAAAAAUACGGACUGUUUUGCAGUCUAAUGAAAUAUUUUUAAACAUCAAUGAAAUAUCAAACCAUUUCACUUUAAUAGUUUUUUGGUGUGAAAGGCACGAUUUAUUAUGUAGCCAUAGCAAAGGUGAUAUUUUCACAUGUGAAGAUAACAUGUUAUUUUCACAAGUGAAGAUAUCAAGUUUUCGCGCGAAAGUUCACCGAGUAUUUCAUUGGUGUCUAUAUAAUAAUAAAGUUUAUUUUAUGUUAUGUUGUUAGCUUGUUGACAUUUCUGUAAAUGGUGCAGUAGCAACCGCCAUUUAUGACCUUCUCCACAACAUGCAUGAUCUCGGCUCCAUGUCAUUUUUCCUUAUUCUACGACUCCUUGUUAAAUAGCCUGCGAAUACAACCGCUCACCUCUCGUCGGCUUCCUGCCGCUCGCGAAACGUUUCAAUCGACAGGCAGCCAUGAAAGGCGGCUGUAUUCGCGGACUUCUUGUUUAUACGACAACCCGUCAUUACAAAAAACGGCAAAGGGAUUUAAGUAAUAGACUAGUCCACCUUGUAGCGACCUAAUUUCCAUGUUAUAAAAAGAUGUCUUAUGAAACAAUCAAACAAACAAAUAAACUGUUACAAUAGACAAACAAAUCAAAGCAAAGACAGCUUAACAGAUUUACUGCUCAGCUAUUAAAUCGCGUAACUAACAAACCAACUCGAAAGAAAAAACAAACAAACAAACAACAACAAGAAAUGCAGCUUAACAGAUUUGCAGUAUUUUUAGCUAGCUGCUGAUAGUUCGUUCCAUUUCUUUUUUCCUUUCUAGACAAGAGUCAACGUUUCAUCUUUCCUUCUCUCGAACCCUGGUCGGAUCUUUAGAGUCGCAGUACAGUGUCGCCAUUUACAUAACAACACAGUCGACAGCACCUGCGUUAUGUUCAAGGUUCAAGGCAGAAUACAGUGUAAGACCUCUAAAAUCAAACUGAUUGAAAAUUUAAUGGCAAACGAGCAAAGAAAAAAGGUCAAGCGUUGCAUAAAAUGAGCACUAAAUGAUAUAACCAUUUGCAAAAUUGGGCUGUUUCCACAGAGACUAGAAACGUUACCUGUAGGCAUUUAAUCUUUUGUUUCACUACUAUUCACUGUUCACUCAGUGGACCGGGAUCUUGACGAUAAUCACUAUACUCAGCUUACCACUGUGAAUAGCUCCUUUUCUUCUGUUGAUCCACAACAACGGUACCAAAGGAGAUUGCGCCUAACUUGUAAAUUGCCAAAACAACUUGAUAUAAAUUUCUAGCAACGAAACAUGGGCACCACAUUGAUUAUGGUGGAUUAAAUCUAAACGUACUAUCUUUAAAAAUGUUUAGGUCCAAUACCUCAACACACACCGUUAAACCAAUCCGCAACUUUGCCACCUCCAAUUGUUGAAAUAACCAGCACCGCAGCCAUACCAACUCGUCGAACAACCACUCAAGCAGAAAACGUAACCGCAGGCACACCAGCUGUUGUCACAACUCAGGUUUGUUUGGGUCAUAAUUGUGUUUUCUAUUUUGUGUUUAGAUUUGAAGGCUCGAAAAUUAAGUGAUAUUCUCUUACAUUUCGGUAAUAGUUAAUAAACAAAUAAUAGCAUGAUUUGUAGGUGACAUUUGGCAUAAAUAGCACUCGUGAUAUUUCAACAUUGUCUCAAAUUUCACUCGCAUAACAGCUCGUGAAAUUACCUACAACAAUUUUGAAAUAUCACUCGUGAGUGGUAUUUAUGCCAAAUAUCACUACAAAUCAUUCCAUUCAUCAUUACCUGUCAAAGUGCCAAAAUAGCCGGAGUUUCUCACUUUAUCACCAAUCUUCGAAGCAAAGCAAUGAAAAUUUGACUUAAUUAUAUUGUGGGUAUUGUGGUCGUUUUAGGAAAGAUAACCCAGCAUGGUGGGGUAAGUGCUUUGACCGCGAUCCUGCCAUAUCAAAACAACCUCAUUCUUUAACGAACACGCUUUUUGUAGCCGACAAAAAGUCAAUUUUUUUUCUGUCGAAACAAAGUAAUUAAAUAGCUAUUUGACUAAUAAAUGAAUUAAAUGAAUUAUUUGUUUAUUUUGUUCUUUUGGUUUUUAAUGUGUUUUGUGUCUUUACAGGUUACCACUUCCAAAACGGACACUCCGAGGGAAGAUAGAAAACAGCAAGGUCAGCUUUACAGCUCCUCAACUUAUUAACCUAUUUGCAUCUAGUUUGUAAGCUUGUCAGUAAGUCAACCUAACGAAAGGUCGGCCUUUAAACCAGUCUUCUCGUUAGCUUGUGCAACUGUUCGCCUGUUAUUUUAACACCCCGACAGCUCUGUCGUCAAUCUACCAAUUCGUCAGCCUCCGUCCUCCUGAUAGCCUUUCAAUCUGUCAACCUGACCCCUUGCCAGAUUGGCAGCCUGUCAGACAGCCCGCCUUUCACUUUUAUAUUCUGUCAUCUUGUCAGCAUGUCAUUUUGUCAAAGACAAACUGACAUGCUUGUCAAUUUGCUUGACAUGCUCAUCGAUUUGUCAGCCUACUGAAAUUGUAGCCGAUCACUAAGCUAGCCUGUCUGCUCGUUAGCUUGUGCGACUCUUCGCCUGUCAUUUUGUCAGCCAAACAACUCUGCCAAUUUGUCAGCCCGUAUUCCUGACAAUCUUUCAAUCUGUCAGCCGGACCGCUUGCCAGAUUGUCAGACGGUCAGGCAGCCCGCCUUUCACUCUGACAGUCUGUCACCUUGUCAGCCCGUCGGUUUGUUCACCAAUCAGCUUCUCAGCCUGCCAACUUGUCAGUCUGUCAGCUCCUUAAUCUGAUGAAGGGCCUGCGCUCUAAACAUUUGCUUUUUAUUCUUUUCACAUUCCUAUUAACUCAGUUGAUAACGGUUUAACUAAGAUUUAGUAGGCCAAUCUGCCUGCUUUGUUAUGGGUUAGAUAGAUAGAUAGAUAGAUAGAUAGAUAGAUAGAUAGAUAGAUAGAUAGAUAGAUAGAUAGAUAGAUAACACUUUUCCAUACUUUUCCAUACGAUUAAUACUCUUGCUUUACUAAAAUGUUGUCUCCUGUGAUUAACAGGUUAAACUACUGGACCUCGCGUUCAGUAAUUCAGCUUUUGUAGUAUCCAUCAUCAUCAGUAAGACGAUCCUAGUAAACGAGCUCAUAGUGUCUUUCGAUGUAGAGUCGACGCUGCUCUGAUGGCAGCUCUGGAGAACGACCGCAGCCUUGCAGAGCGACGAUGUAUCCCUGCUCAGAUUGCUGUUCUCCUGACUUUCCUAUCAAGAUCAAAUUACUUCCAGGCUAA